AUGAAGCGCAUAUUUGGUUCUCUCAGCAAGCGCUCGAGUGAGUCCCCAUCCGCCCCUUUUAUGGACCCUUGUUCACCCCCGGGACGCUCAUUAGAAAUAGGCCCAUCGCUCAACAGCCCUUCGGAGUACCCGGAUGACUCGCCCGAGGGAACGAUUCUGAAAGCAGUGCAAGGAAACGAAUUCGUUCACCUGCCCGCCAUAGUCGAAAGCGCAGAGUCCAGCCCCAAUGCCGCCAGAGAGGCUGCUCAGCGGCUUCGCAAAUACCUGUCCGAUCCAGCCUCAACUCCAGCCCAGAUCCAAUACAAUGCGAUUAUGCUAAUGCGCAUACUCAUCGACAAUCCGGGCCACACGUUUACACGCAACAUCGAUGCCAAGUUCGUCGCUACGAUAAAGGAUCUCCUGCGUGAUGGGUGGGACCUCAACGUGCAACACUUCCUGCGGGAAACGCUGGGUGCCAUCGAGUCGCAGCGACAGUGGGACGAGGAUCUAGCGCCGCUGAUGCAGAUGUGGAAGAAGGAGAAGAGUAAGCUGAGCAGACAGAACAGUGGGGUACGCUUGUCAGGUCAUGGUGAAGUAGCGAAAUGCAUUGCUAACGGUUCGCGGUUUGGGCAGAGCACCUGGAGAUCCUCACGGUCGCAGCACCAGCAACAGCAGCAGCAGCAGGCAUACCCAUACAUGCAGAUCUCUGCCCGGCCUGCCUCGACACUACCACCACCAGAUGAACUCGCUGCUCGCGUGACGGAAGCCAAAACGUCGGCCAAGUUACUCCUGCAGUUUGUUCAGUCGACGCCGCCCACAGAGUUCAACGGAAACGAGCUCAUCAAGGAAUUCUGUACUCGUUGCCAGACGGCAUCCCGCGCCAUACAGAACUAUAUACACUCGACGAAUCCCGCACCCGACGAGAACACGCUUCAGACCUUAAUCGAGACGAACGAUGAGCUGUCGGUCGCGUUGUCCAAGUACCAGCAUGCGUUCCUCAGCGCCCGCAAAGCAACUGGCAACUCGGGGAGCCAGUCACCAGUUCCAUCGAACGGAGCCACUGAGACUGAGACCAAUCGCCCACUCCCUGCGCUCCCAGUGCCACAGCGAGAAGAGCAAAGCGCCUCGCCCUCGGUCUUCUCACCACCGCAGCAGCAGCAGCAGCAGAGCACUGCAACAGUGGCUCCUUUGUCAACGGCGCCUCCGACGGCAGCUCCGGUGGGUAAUAAUGCGGCUCGGUACGAGUACCGGUCGGAGGAUUUCCAGGUACAGAAUCCGUUUGCGGAUGACUACAGCACAACCAACAACAACAACAACAACAACAACAACAGUCUGGGUGCCACAGAGAACCAACACCAGGCAGGAUCAUACCAACGUCCUACGCAGCGCACUCUUUGA